AUGGUUGCUACAACUGCUACUUCUGCCGUUACUGGUGCUGGUGCUGGUGCUAGUACUAGUGGUGGACAGCAGCAGCAACAGCAGCAGACGCAUACACUGUCAGCGAGAGUGAGGAAAACUAUACAAUCGAUUAAAGAAAUUGUGGGUAAUUUCUCUGAUGCUGACAUUUAUAUGGUCCUUAAAGAGACCAACAUGGAUCCUAAUGAGACCGCUCAAAAACUGCUCAAUCAAGAUCCAUUUCAUGAAGUGAAGAGAAAAAGAGAUAAGAAGAAAGAGAGUAUGAGUUACAGAGGUUCUGUGGAUUCAAGAAAGCUUUCUGAGAAUUUUGGUCUAGGGAUGAGGCCCCGUACAUUUUCGGAUCAUAAUGCUCGACGAGGAAGCUAUACUCGAACUGCUUCACCUGGUCAUAGAGGAAUCAACAGAGAAUUCCGUGUUGUGAGAGACAACAGAGUUAAUCAAAAUACAGAUAGAGAACCAAAGCCUGCUUUGCUGCAAGGUUCAACAUCAGCCAAGGGGCAAGGAAGUGGAGUUAUUACUGAAAAAGGGGGUCUGCCAAUGCAGAAUACUGUUAAAAAGGUGUUAAAAAGGCCUCAGAGCCAACGCCUUUCUAAGCUCCUAGGCUCUAGGCACUUUUACCUAGGCUCACCUGAGUUUCUUUUAACAACACUUAGCAGUUCAACAGGAAUUUCAAGCAACGUAAAGCCUUCUGAUGCAUGGAGGUCACCUCACGCUUCUAAUGGGCCUACUGAUUCGGUACAUAGAUUCAACAGAGAUGCUAAUUCAAGUGUCACUGAUAGGAAGGUAUCAGAGGAAAAGCGGUCUACAGCUUCUAAUGCUACUACUUCACGGGUACAAGUGGCGAAAUCCAAUAAUUCUCAACAGCACCAUGCAUCGCUAGCCUCAAGCAAUUCUAUUGUUGGGUUGUACUCUUCAUCGACAGAUCCUGUGCAUGUGCCUUCUCCUGACUCCAGAUCAUCUGGUGUUGUUGGGGCGAUUAAGCGUGAGGUAGGGGUGGUGGGUGGUCGCCGCCAGUCUUUUGAAAAUGCUGUCAAAGAUUUGUCAUCAAGUAAUUCAAUUUCAGAAUCAUUUCAUCCUUUCACUGCUAUAUCUAAGUCCGAUCAUGUCAGUCAAACUGCUGCAAUUGAAUCAAUGCCCAGUGUUCCUGUUAACAGAUCAUUCUUAAACAAUCAGUAUAACAGCAGGCCACAUCAACAAGCCGUUGGUCAUCCAAAAGCUUCACAACAUAAUAAAGAGUGGAAACCAAAGUUGAGCCAGAAAUCAAGUAUUACCAGCCCUGGAGUGUUUGGAACACCUAAAAAAUCCAGUUUGCCUCCCACAGAUGAUUCAAAGGACAUGAAAUUGAAUGCAGCUAAUUUGCAGGACAAGUUUUCACUAGUAAACAUUCGUGAAAAUCAGAAUGUAAUCAUAGCACAGCAUAUUCGAGUCCCCGAGACUGAUAGGUGCAAGCUGAUCUUUGGGAGUUUUGGAGAAUUUGAUGCUUCCAGGAAUUCUGCACCUGGAUUUCAAGCAGUUGGGAUUUUAGAAGAAUCAAACGGGGAAUCUGCUAUCAGCUUUGGAAUGUUAUUGUUUCCAUAUAACCGUCUUGAGAUGAGUCAUAUACUGUUUGCCAAUGUGAAUGGUGGGCUGGUGGGCGUAAAGUGUUUACCAGCAUCUUCUCCGGAGUCUUCUAGCGAUGACGCUUCUGGUGGCAAGCAGAUUGAGGUGCUAGAUGAUCAAGCAAGAAAUUCUGGAUCUGAUUCUCCGGCAGCUGGUUUAGCGUCUGAACAUCCAUUGCCGGAGAAGUCAUCAAGUCCUCCAAACUUGGAUAACUAUGCUGAUAUUGGUUUGGUUCGAAACAGCAGUCCAUCCUAUGCUCCUUUAGAGUCACAACAGCAGCAAGAUCAUCCCGAGUUACCAAGCUUUUCGGCAUAUGAUUCCCAGCCUGGUUAUGAUAUAUCAUACUUCCGACCCCAAAUUGAUGAAACAGUACGAGGACAGGGUCUACUAUCUCCACACGAGGCCUUAACGUCCCAUUCAGCUAACAACAUCCCUACAUCAACAAUGCCCACAGUGCAACAGCAGCCUCCAAUGGCUCAAAUGUACCCACCAGUUCAUGUCUCACAUUUCACAAAUAUGAUGCCGUAUCGUCAGUACAUUUCUCCAGUUUAUGUUCCACCAAUGCCCAUGCCUGGCUACUCCAGCAACCCUGCAUAUCCACAUCCUUCAAAUGGCAACAGUUACUUGAUGAUGCCUGGAGGUGGCUCCCAUCUCAAUGCAAAUGGCCUCAAGUAUGGAAUCCAGCACUACAAGCCAGUUCCUGGUAACAAUCCAGCUGGUUUUGGAAAUUUUACAAGUCCAAGUGGGUAUGCUAUGAAUGCUCCUGGUGUGGUUGCAAGUGCAACAGGUCUUGAAGACUCGUCUCGGAUGAAAUACAAAGAUGGAAACCUUUAUGUUCCUAACCCACAGGCCGAGGCAUCUGAAAUUUGGAUUCAGAACCCAAGGGAAAUUCCAGGCAUGCAAUCUGCUCCAUACUAUAACAUGCCCGGGCAAACACAUGCUGCUGCUUAUCUGCAAUCCCACACUGGUCAUGCCUCCUUUAACGCUGCGGCAGCACAAUCUUCUCACAUGCAAUUCCCAGGCUUGUAUCCUCCUCCUCCACAGCCAACUGCAAUGACAAGUCCACACCAUUUGGGUCCAGUCAUGGUUGGUAAUGUUGGAGUUGGGGUUGCCCCAUCUGCUCCUGGGGCACAAGUCGGUGCUUAUCAGCAAACUCAAUUAGGCCAUCUCAACUGGACAACAAACUUCUGA